AUGACGCAAAACGUCACCACUGAUCUCAUAGCAGCUGCUCUGGGUGUCUUUCUGCUUGACGACGACAUUUCGGUUGACCGACACCAGCCAUCGUCAGUGACUUCCUGUCAACCGUCGUCGCCGGUCAUGGCAAAAUGGCUAAACGAUGACGAAAUGCACUCAUUCCCGGAUGCAUGCAUAUUGUAUGUCAAUGACACGCGUGCAAAACGACACCCUCAUUCACUUGAUAACCGAAUAGGCGACAACCACUUAACAUAA